AUGGAGACAACUCAGAGAGAUACACGCACUAUAGGAGUGGACACCAAAAAUUUGAUAGCUCAAAGUCUUCUCCAACAAAGCUAUUCAGGUCAUCUACGACAUGGAGCUCUUAUAAAAGCUGCCCAACAGUUUGGAGUAUGCAAAAGGACACUUUACAGAAUCUGGGCAGAAGCAAAAGAGCAGAUGGAGCUUGGAGUACCUGUAAAUGUGCGAGAUCGUGUUAGAGGAUACAACCACAAAGAUAAAAUGCAGCUUGAUGUUAACAAGGUAAGACAACUAUGUAUGCUUGAAAGAUCUACCAUACGUAAGAUGGCUCGCAAACUUGAAAUUAGCAAGAGCACAUUAGGAAGGAUGAAGAAGGAGGAUCUGAUCAGACCACACACAAGUGCAGUUAAGCCAGUACUUACUGAUUUGAACAAAUUAGCACGGCUCAGAUGGGGUCUCAGCCAGAUUCAACCAAUCAGAAUCGAUGGUAAGCUUAAAUACAACACAAUGCACAAUGUAGUGCAUAUUGAUGAGAAAUGGUUUUACAUGACUAAGAGUUCAGAUAGAUACUACCUGCUGCCAGAUGAGGAUGAGCCAUAUAGAUCAUACCACACUUUACACAAGAUGGAGAAACCAUUUUUGAUGGAAAAUAAGGCAUAUUUCCUUUCACAACUAUGGAACCAGCAAAGAGGAAUUCAAAGAAUAGAGCAAAAGAUUAUACCAGCUAUCAAGUCUAAAUGGCCACCGAAUGUAUGCAAGGAGAUACUCAUUCAACAAGACAAUGCAAAGCCACAUAUUAGCCCCACUGAUUCAAAGUUUCAGGCAAUUGCAAACAAAGAUGGAUUCAAAUUCCAAAUCAUUUGCCAACCUCCUAAUUCUCCAGACACUAAUGUCUUGGAUUUGGGUUUUUUCACAGCAAUUCUGUAA